GCGUAUACGCAGAAACACACUGGCUAAUUCGAUGUAACAGCAGCUUCUGCUUCGGCCCAGUGCCUCAGGUCUACUGCCGUUAGACUGCGACAGAAAACGACGCUGCCCAGAGUCUUAAUAAUAAAAUAUGUUAGUCUUUGGUAAAUCAUCAUUUGCAAAUCCGAAACAUACCUCAAGCACUGAUCCUUAUGGAAAACACAGGAGACACAACCAUAAUUUGAUACUUAUAAAAUAUCUUGAUUAUUUUCAGAGGACACACAUAAACCACUUUCGUACAGAGCUACGUUACUGCAAUAUUGCAGUCUGGGAUUUGGGGCAGGGCUUAAGGCGCCUGCCCUUGAAGAAUAAAAUAAUGUUGCUCAAUUAAAAUUUGAUGAGCUGAAAGAAAUACACAGUAGUUCAAAAAUUACUAACUUAAUCGCCGUUCCCUCAUCCCCACGCAGAAACUUUAUUCCCCUCCACAUAUUAUUUAUUCCGGAAAUCAUAGCCAACAUUUUCUUGUAUUUUUCUAGGAAGUUUUACAGAAUACUUGUUAACAGGACUACAGUAUCCAGAUGAGGACAUCCAAUCAGCUGUUGCUUACAUCCUGCUCCAUCUUGCUGGGAGUCACAUGACUCUCCUCAAGGAGCCGCUUGUGAAUGGGCUUAUUAAGAAUCUCCUUGCAGUGAUUUCAUCUGCUCGUUCACCAGAGGUCAUGAUGAACUCACUAGGGCUUCUAAAGAAAGUAGUUGAAAGUGAGAGGUCUGUCCAUGAGGUGAUAGCAGACAACCAUAGCCUUGUAUCAUCUGCUUUUAAAAAGGUUCUUUUGAGCAAGAAUGAUAUCCAUCAGAUUACAGUUGUCCAGUGCCUGACCCAUCUGGUGAUGGUAGAACAAAGACUCAAUCAGAGGACUUUCAUUGAAUCUUUACUGUCAGCAGACAUAGCAGAGUUUCUUUUUGAGAGUCUUGCCACAACAAAUGACAUCCUUUUGAGCUCUAUCUUUUGCUGUCUACUGGUUCUGACUGAUUCUCAUGAAUUCUUCCAAGAGUGCCAUGCUGUUUAUGGUAUCGAUUCUGUUGUUAGAGCAACCAACCAUGCCAUCAAGUUGAAAAAUAAAGAUAUCUUGUGCCAAGGAUUAGACUUAAUGAAGAAAAUGCUUGAAAGACAGCCUACAAAUAUUAGCCUCAUUAACAGCAGCUCCCUUCUGAGAGCAAUGAGUAGCCUUUUGUCCAGUUGUUUAAGGCAUUCGCAGAUUAGUAUUGUUUGCUGCGCUGCUGGAGUUCUUCAAGAAUUACUCAGAAAAGAUCAUCUGAAAAGUCCAGUAGACUUCUCUGCACUUGAGGUGCCACUAAAGGCCAUAAUGGAGACAUGGAAGGACCUUAGGCCUCUGAGCAGCCUGGCCAGAACAAAGACAAGCAGGUCUUCCACUGCAUCCCUGACCAAAGAAGAUAAUCAAAACAAACGAUAUGAAGAGAAUAAGAAGUGUCUUGCUGUUGGACUAGCAGUCAUGAACAGUGCCCUCAAGUUGUGUAUUCUAUGUCAGAAGGAUCCUACUUCGAACACAAGUCUCUUUAGAGCUCCUAACCUGCAGCUAGCUGAGGAAGAAACAAUGGAUGUAGAUCAAUUUAUACAAUUCCUUCUCAAAUUACUAGACAGUUCUUGUAUUCCACAUGUUAUGGUGAACUAUAGACACCUGGAUGAUGCAAAUUCUAAGUUUUGCAGUCAUCAAGACAACUGUGAUGUCAGGGAACAUGUUGACUCAUUCCUGCUGAAUCUUUGUCAACAUCUGCUCUCAGAUGAUGACAAGACCUGCCUACCUAGAAUGCAGUCUGCACUUAAAGACAUCAGUUGCCCAGCAUACAAUAUUUGUGGAUUCAUGCGAGAGCAGUCGUCGGUGUUCAAUCUAUCUUCUUCCAUUCUUGAUCUUCAGUCUACAUGCCUAGCCUUCAUGUACUUAGCUGCAGUAUAUGGAGAUCCGUUGGUGAAUGAUAAUGAAGUUUUUGAGAGCCUGCAUUUCUACCUGAGCAGUCCAAAUUGUCUUGUACGUGAUCUGGACCCGACCAGUCUCAAACAUUUGAUGUACUUGUAUGCUGACUGCUACAGCAAUGCAAGUUUAGGAGAGCAAACGCCAUCAUCUUUAAUUCAUGUUCUUGAGAAGACGGAUGCUUCAGCCAUUUACAGUGACCACCCAUCUGUCAUCAAGUGGGCUUACUCUGCAAAUGAUGUACCCCAGAACAUUAGGAGAGGAUUUUUUGUGCAAUGGUUGCGAAACAUACCAUCAGUGUCGACCCCUAGAGAAAAUGCAGAUGAGGAAUGUUAUAUGAUAAAUACAGAAUGUGGAAGUGGUGGAGGCAUAGAUGAAGGCAGAGUUACAGAUCUGGACAGCAACAGGAGUAAAGAUGAGUGUUGUGGAUUUGCCUCUAGAUUGUUUACAAACACUAUUCCUCAACUUGAUAAUCCUGCUUCCAAAACUUUACUGGUAGAAGACAUUUUAUAUGGUAUCAUGGAUGGAGAUGAAGCAUUGCUGAGCCGAUGUCUGUCACUUAUUAAAGCCAGUAUCAAGGCAACUGGAACAGAUUCCUCUUCUGACACGGCACGUCUGUUGCAGGAAAGACUUCCACAAGUGGUGCAGGAGAUGUGUCUAAAGGAUCUAAUCCAGACAACGGCAGAAAUGAAGAUAUCAGCCAUCUUGAAGUUGGUAAUGGAAAUCAACUUGAGGGCGCUAGACUCCAUAUGUCCAGUUGAUCUGAAACUUGUAUAUCAUGUUAGCAACCUUUUGACAAAAUCAACAAGCACAACAGACACUAAAUUGGUGAUUCUGAAUUUUCUUCAUUGCUUGCUGUUUGCUACAGUGCAUCACCAAGAUACCAGUGUCCUAUCAGUUGUGUUGUCCAACAAGCCAUUAUUACAGCUGUUGGAGAAUUUAUUGAAAGACAGUGACCCAUUGGACUACCAGACUCUGGGCAGUGAACACCUGCAAUGCUCUACCUUGAGUUUACUUGCUACGUUGCUUCAAUUCCAACACCAACAUCAGAUGAAAGGGUGUGUGCCUGUUGCAGUAGAUGUAAACUGGUUGAUUAAUUCCAUUAGCACCCAUAAACCAUCGUUUCAGCGUUAUGCUGCAUUAAAGUUUUGGACAGCAAUCUUUGAAACAAAGUUUGCAACAUCAAGUUUGAUUCAACUGAGCGAGGGCAGUAGACGGCAAGAACUCUUACAGAACCACGAUAUAAACCUGGACAUUAAAACUGACCAUUUAAGACUUUUGGUCAUCCAUCUUCAAAACCUGAUUAUGAUGGACUCUGGUUCUGAAAGUUUGUCAGCUGUUGCUUGUUAUACAGCCCUCUUAGAAUAUGUCCACAACAAGGACCAACUACAAGGUGAAAUGUUACUGAAGCAGCCUUGGAAUGCUGCCCUCUUGAGUAUUCUUCUGCAGAUUCAAUCAUCAUCCUUCAUAUCGCCAACUGUGGUACAGCUUUACAAUAUGGUAACCAAUACUUCUUAG